GAAAAGUGAAGUGAUAAGUGAAGUGAUAGUGACGUGAUGUGUGAUCGUGGUGUAUAAGUGGGGCUCUUUGCCCGUGAUCCAAUAUCGAUGGAGGGACAGCGAUGCUUCUGCAUCGUUGUGUUCCUCGUUCACACUGCGAUAGGAGCUGGAGAAGGUUCAACCAAUCAGCCAUCAACGGAGCACGUUGAAUCGAAUGAGCUAACAGUUUCCUUUCCACCAUUGGAAGAUCUUUACACCAGCACCUUAGAAAAGCACUUCGCUACUGAGAACAACACUGUAGUAACUUCCCAGACGGGGUCUACUGCUCUCCUACCGUGCGUGAUCAGAAAUAUUGGAGAUGGAAUCGUAUCAUGGAUACGAAGAAAAGACUACCACUUGCUGACAGUUGGUCUGACCACAUACAGUUCAGAUCAACGUUUUCAAGCAAUACAUUUACAACAUUCAGAGGAUUGGACGCUUAAGGUACGGUUCGUGCAGAGUCGUGAUGCAGGUAUCUACGAGUGUCAAGUUUCUUCUCAUCCGCCUACCAGCAUAUUUCUGCAUUUGGAUGUAGUAGAGGCCCGCGCUCAAAUUUCUGGGCCAACGGAGAAGUAUCUCAAGCCUGGUUCAACUUUAAGGCUUCAGUGCUCCGUUGUACAAACUACAGAAGCACCAGCCUUUGUAUUUUGGUACCACAACAGCAGAAUGAUAAACUACGACGCAGAACGGGGCAUCAACGUCACGACAGAUACAGAGCAGCGCCUAUCAGAUCUUCUCAUUCCAGCUGCAAGUGUGUCGCAUGCGGGCAACUACACUUGUGUGCCCAAUAAUGCGGUCCCCGCUAGCAUAUAUGUCCACAUAUUUAAUGGCGAAAAUCCAGCGGCCAUGCAGUCCUCCUCACCGAGUUACAUCCAUCUAAGCAUAUUGCACAGUUUGUACACAACAGUAGUCCUAUACGCUAUCCGGUGACAAUUGUGUUAAGCCACAUCCUACCAUAUUACCCAGUAAUAAAGCCCUAUUUCCCGAGACAAACUUUGGACCGACGUAUUCCUUUUGUAACCAGUGAUUUGUAACUCUGAAUGCGAUGCUAAUUUGAAAAGUGGAACAGCUAAAAUGAGGAUUUUAAAGAGUCGUUUGAAAUAAAAUUCUUUUCUCAGUUUUCACAGAAUAGUGUUAAUAUAAAGAUGUAAUGAAAAGACGCUGUAAUAUAAAUUAAAGUAGAGUAUAAUGGUUCAAAUGCUAGGAACACGUGAGACAUACAUUUAAUUUGUAAGGAACAUACGAGAUUUAUAUUAAAACUUGCAUUUAUUUUUACUAGUGCAUACUAAUUAGGACCACGUUUCUAAAUAGGUGGCGCAUACGUAAGAUAAAUUAUGGUUACUAUAUAUAUAUGUUACUUUAUUACGUAGUAAGUAGGCUAAGUACAUAUAUAUGUUUAGUUGAAUUUCAGAUUUAUUACUACUAAUCGAAUUCAAUAAAUUUAAAUUUAUGCGGCUUUUUGUUGAUUUUCUUGAAAUGAUCUUGAGUUAAGAUUCACGUAACGUCCUUCUGUCAAACUAAAGAUGUUUUUGACAUAUAGC